AUGCUGUCUCUCAUAUUUCUGUUUUUUCUGUUUGGGGGCUGGUUUUAUACCUUAACAGUUGGAAACCAUGAUGGCUGUCGACGUCUCAAGUUUCUGGAGCCAAUAGAUGGAUAUUUAUUGAUAGGCUACGUCUUGAAAAACAUUUCAUUACCAGUCGGAGUGCAUAUGUAUAGUCACUGCAGAAAUUGGUGUACUAUGGAAGACAGAUGUACAUCGAUCAACAUGGGACCAAGCCAAAAAGAUAAAUUUAUAUGCCAGCUGAGUGACUCAGACCACUUACAACACGCUAAUGAUCUGAAACCGAUGGCAAGCUUUGUUUAUAGGGGCACAGUGAACAAGUGCUACUUCAACAUGUGCUAUAACAACGCAACUUGCCUGGUUGGAUUUACGGACAAAGGAUACAAGCGUGUGUGUCCAGCUGGUUACACAGGAGAACAUUGUGGAAAAGACAUCGAUGAAUGCGCUACAAGUACCCACAACUGCAGCAGGGACAAUGCGACUUGUACAAAUACCAAGGGAUCGUUCAACUGCUCUUGUAGUCCUGGAUUCACCGGAGAUGGACACAACUGUAAAGACAUCGAUGAAUGUGCUGGAGAUACCCACAACUGUAGCAGAAACAAUGCUACAUGCACAAAUACCGAGGGAUCGUUCAACUGCUCCUGUAAGCAGGGAUUCACUGGAAAUGGACACAAAUGCGAAGGUAGAAUUCUCGAAACAUCGUAUUAUCUAACAAUCCAUUCUAUGUGGGAAUCUUCUCAAAGCUCUGUCAAUUUUCAUCGGCUUGCUUCUUUGCUUGUUUCCACUGACAGAUAG